UUCUAGAUCCGAAAUCCUAUCUGGGUCUCGAACCGUUUCGGAUUCGGACCCCCCCGGGUUGACCAUGGAGUCCAGCGCUGCUCCGGCUGGUGACCACAACAUCAGAGGGGUGCCGACCCACGGCGGACGCUACGUUCAGUACAAUGUGUAUGGCAACCUCUUUGAAGUUUCCAGGAAGUAUGUCCCGCCCAUUAGGCCCGUCGGCAGAGGGGCUUAUGGUAUCGUCUGUGCUGCUGUCAACGCUGAGACUCGUGAGGAGGUUGCCAUUAAGAAGAUUGGUAAUGCAUUUGACAACAGAAUAGAUGCCAAAAGGACUUUACGAGAAAUUAAACUUCUUCGGCACAUGGAUCAUGAAAAUGUUAUUGCCAUCAAAGACAUCAUACGGCCUCCACAGAAGGAGAACUUCAAUGAUGUCUACAUUGUUUAUGAAUUAAUGGACACUGAUCUUCAUCAGAUUAUACGGUCCAACCAACCAUUAAAUGAUGAUCAUUGUCGGUACUUUCUGUACCAGUUGUUACGAGGGCUCAAAUAUGUACAUUCAGCAGGUGUUUUACAUCGUGAUUUAAAGCCCAGCAAUUUGCUCAUGAAUGCAAAUUGUGACCUUAAGAUUGGAGAUUUUGGUCUCGCAAGGACAACGUCUGAAACUGAUUUCAUGACUGAGUAUGUUGUUACUCGUUGGUACCGUGCACCAGAAUUGCUGCUUAAUUGUUCGGAGUACACUGCAGCAAUCGAUAUAUGGUCUGUAGGUUGCAUUCUAGGUGAAAUCAUGAACAGAAAACCCCUAUUCCCUGGCAAAGAUUAUGUACAUCAGCUGAGACUCAUAACAGAGCUCUUAGGCUCACCUGAUGACUCCAGCCUUGGAUUUUUACGAAGUGAUAAUGCUCGAAGAUAUGUUCGACAACUACCUCAGUACCCAAAGCGAAGCUUCUCUCUUGGGUUUCCUGAUAUGUCUCCUAGCGCUAUAGAUUUGCUAGAGAAGAUGCUUAUCUUUGACCCAAACAGGCGUAUUACAGUUGAUGAGGCUCUUUGCCACCCAUACUUGGCGCCUCUUCAUGAUAUAAACGAGGAGCCUGUCUGCCCAAUGCCUUUCAAUUUUGAUUUUGAGCAACCCUCGUUUACUGAAGAGAAUAUCAAGGAGCUCAUCUGGAGAGAGUCCGUAAGGUUCAAUCCAGAUCCUAUUCAAUGAGGGUCAUGAUAUAAUCUGUUGUAUACUCUUAGAAAGUAAUCUCAAAACGGAUUACAAUCAUAUUCUACAUAGAACCCACUGGAUCCUCCAGGAGAAUGAAAUUAUAAAAACUUUGCUGGACCAAUCGGGAUUUCUUGAGAAAUCGCCCUGAAAUGUCAUUCAUUCAACAUUAACGUCUUUGGAUGUCUGUAACUGUUAAAUGUGUGAAAGGGAUUCUGAAGGCUGCCUAGCCGGUCUAA